CAAAGAGACAUUGCAGGGAAGGUACAUCCAUGAGCCAAGAAGACGAGGCAUCUUCUCAAAAGCCCUGAGAAUGGAGAACGUUAUGCUUCCCAAACACUGAAUUAAGAGGUAAAAAAUAUUGAAAGAGAAUUUGAACCCAUCUCAGAAGAACAGUCUGGAGAACAUUGAGCAAACGUGAGAUAACCAAAAUAUCAUCAUCCAGAAACAGUUCUUUGCAUGUCCACAAGGAUGAAUUGUUUUUGACAGGCUGAAACAUGGAGGGGUCCCUUGUAGCUCCUCUUGGAUUAACCUCACUCAGAAGUAGACUACAGUGAAGAAUUGCCCUGUUUGGAAUAAAAUAUUAGAAGAAUCGUGGUCUGAUUCAAAGCAUCAGGUUUUUAACUUCUCUUUGAUUUUUAAUGCAAAGAAUGGAAACUGGUAAGCUUAUGCUCAUUUGAAACAUGCAAUUAAAAGAAGAAUGGGGAUCUGGAAAUUAAUAUCUUCACUAUGUUUUUAGCAAUGAACUAAUGGCAAAUAGGACCACAAUAAAGGAAUUCACACUGUUGGGGCUGAAUGCCAACCCUCCACUUGAAGUUAGCCUUUUUCUCCUCCUGCUUGGGAUUUAUCUUUUGACAUUAAUAGGAAACACACUGAUUGUUAUUAUCACACUGGUGAAUGUUCAACUCUGUAGCCCAAUGUAUUUCUUCCUCCGACAUUUGGCAUGGGUAGAUAUUGGGUAUAUGAGUACUAUAAUUCCCAAAGCACUGGUCAACAUAGCUACUGGUACUAAGAGCAUUUCUUUAGCUGGUUGCUUCAUACAGGUAUUUCUUUAUUUGGUCCUUGGCACCACUGUGUUCUUCCUAUUGGCCACAAUGUCUGUUGAUCACUACAUAGCCAUCUGCAACCCCCUUCACUACACAACCAUCAUGAAUCCCCGAAUCUGCUCAUUAUUAGUAUUUUCUUGUUUGGUUGCGGGUUUAUCACUAAUUCUAGUUAUAUGCAUUCCUUUAUUUAUUAUGCCAUUUUGUGGUUCUAACGUCAUGAAUCAUUUUUUUUGUGACUAUGGACCCCUAAUGAACCUGGUAUGUAUUGACAGGAGCUUCCUAGAAAUGACUUUUUUUGUAGUUGCUAUAUUCAUUCUUCUUGGGACUUUAAGUGUCAACAUUGUCUCUUAUGUCAAAAUCAUUUCCACCAUUUUGCACAUUCCAUCAACUACUGGAAGAAAGAAGACCUUCUCCACUUUUGCUUCUCACAUGACCGUGGUCACUAUCACUUACAGCAGUUGUAUUUUUAUGUAUAUCAAGUCAAAAGGCACCGUUGGAUUAGACUACAACAAAAUAGUGGCUCUUCUGAAUACUGUUAUCGCUCCCUUUCUCACCCCAAUCGUGUACUCUUUGAGGAACAGACAGCUGCAGGAUGCUUUGAAGGCUGAACUGAGACAAAGGAUUGGUUUUGUAAAAAAAUGAGAUGAUUGGCUAUUGCUAGGGCUCCAAAAUAGAUGUUCAGGUUUAAUGUCUUUGAAUGGAUUGUGCUGCCUUCAGAUGUAAUAAUUACCCAUUGAGAUGGUCUUACAAGGGGAUUAGAGAAAGCAUAGAGUAGUGGUGGUGAACCUAUGGCAUGCAUGCCAGAGGGGCACUCAGAGCUCUCUCUGUAGGCAUGCAUGCCUCACUCUUUGGCUAGUUUUUUGUAGGAAAAAAGCCAUUUUUAGCUUUGAAUUAUAUCAAAUCUGACACCAGAAACAGACCAAUGACCUGAGUGCUGCAUAUGUUGCUUUCAAACUUACAAAGUAUAAG